UAGCUAACCAAAAGCUCACCGUUUAAUCGGACAAAAUUCUUCCUUUUCCUUUUUUUAUCCUCUUCCCGGAGGGGAAUGGGCGAGCGCCUUCUUCUCCCAUGGGUGACGAAGCCUCGUUUCUUGCCGCAGAAGUUUCCUAACCCUUCGCCUUCUCAACUUUCUUAGGAAUUAAAUAAACGUAUUUAGGGUUUCUCUUCCGUGCUCGAUUGCUUAUUGGAUUUUCUCUCUUUCUUAUACACAAGUUAAUUCGUUUUCCUAACGGACUUCCUCUUUUCCUCUACCCCUUUGGUCCUCCUCACCGUCGCGUUUUUGUUCGGAAAUCUACCAAAAUUUCUUCUUUUGGCCGUUUGUUGGAGGAAUCUUGUCAUACACCUCCCUUUCUUGCCCGACGGAUCGGGAAAAUUCUUCAAGUCGUCUCUUUGUUUCCUUGCGGUACUAGGCGUGUGGAUUUUGAACUUGUAUUUCUCCUUGAAUCGUUGUCAUUUGCGAUUGUCUCACGAUUUUGCUGUCGGGUUUGAGAAAGUUAGGGUUUUGGAGUUUUUUUUUUUUUGCCUUCUUUUGCCAAAAGGGUUUUUGAAUUCUGCUUUGCUUGGCAUAAUUUUGUUUAAGGUUGGAGUUUUUAGUUAGGUUUCCGCUCGAUAAGGCUCUGCCUGUCGGAGGAGGUGGGAAGAUGAGUUCCAGGUCUACCAUUUCUACGGACGAGUUCGUCCCCGGGAGAAAGCUGCUGGUUCAUAUAUCUGAGAAUGGCCACAGCUAUGAGUUUGAAUGCGAUGGAUCGACCCCCGUGCAGGCGAUCCAAAGGUCGAUUGAAUCCCUUUGCGGGGUGCAUAUCAGCGAUCAACUCCUCCUUUGCCGUAACACGUCACUGGAUUCUCAGCAGUCGUUAGCGUAUUACAAGCUCCCACAAGAUGAUAGCGAGGUUUUCCUAUACAACAAGUCCAAACUCCAUACUGAUUCUCCUCGUCCAUCGCCUGAAGCUAUUGACAUACCCAAUGCCGCAAUCCCUGCCCCUCCUUCGCCGUCACAGAGCCCUCACCCCUUGGAUGAAGCGUCGGAUCCUGCUCUAAAGGCUUUGGCUUCUUAUGAGCGUCAAUUUCGUUACCAUUUCCAGUAUGCAAACGCCAUAUAUGGAUGCACACGUACAAAAUUCGAGGUCUGCAAAAGGCUGUUCAGAGAGAAGCAGGUUCAGCAGAGAGCAUUAGAAACUGCUCAGGGAAAUCUGGGCCAUACUUUUAGGAAGUUACAACAAAGAUAUGCUGAAUUCAUAAGGUGUUUUAACCAGCAGCAUCGUUAUCACUCUGAACUCUUGACUAAUUUUGAGAAGGAUGUGGAGAGAUUGCGGACUGUUAUGCUUCUUCCUUUGCUUCAAAAUGAUUCAAGGAAAUGUUUGUUGGAUCUUGUGAAGGAGAAUGAGCUGCGGAAAUGUGCAGAUAAUUGUUUCACUUCACAUAAGCAGUUCGAAAAUAAAGUUUUACAGUUGAAGCAGAAUUUUGUUGAGCUGAAUAGAAGGGUAGAUGAUGUGUUUCUUGAUAUGGAUUCUAUUGGUACUAAGGAUUUGGAAUUGAUGCUGAAAGACCAUGAGAAAGUCCUAAGUGAUCAGAAAAGUAUAAUGCAGUCAUUAAGCAAAGAUGUCAACACCGUCAAAAAGCUUGCGGAUGAUUGCUUAAAUUGUCAACCAUCUAGGUCGCUUCGUCCUCAUGAUGCUAUUUCAGCUCUUGGCCCCAUGUAUGAGGUUCAUGAAAAAAAUCAUCUUCCCAAGGUGCAGAACUGUGAUCACGCCAUUUCAAAGUUGCUUGAUAAAUCUACAGCCAAGAAAAAUGAGAUGAACAUCUUAGUACAUUUCUGCAUGCAAAAAGUAAAGGCUGCGCAGUUUAGCAUUAAAGACAUGAUGAAUGAGCUUCAUGCUUUCCAGGAAGUAAUGGGACACAAGGAAAAGGAAUUUGAUAAUUUAAAGCUCGUUAAUGGAAUUAGCCAUGCUUACAGGGCCUGUCUUGCUGAGGUAGCCAGGAGAAAAUCAUCUUCAAAGUUGUAUAUGGGUCUAGCUGGUCAAUUGGCAGAAAGGCUAGCAGCAGAGAGGGAGGCUGAGAUCAGAAGACGUGAAGGAUUUUGUAAAGCAUGGAGUAAAUACAUCCCACAUGAUAUCUUAGCUUCUAUGGGGUUAUUUGAUUCUCCUAGUCAGUGUGAUGUUAACAUAGUUCCUUUUGAUACAAACUUGAUUGAUAUUGAUGUUGUUGAUGUCGAUCGCUAUUCACCCCAGCCGAUAACAGGGAUUCAGCCUAGAUAUGAGAAGAGUAAAUCAUUUAGGAGCUACAGAGCAACAUCUGUUGAUGGCUCUAAUUCAACUACAUCUGAAGAAAAUCAUGUAGAUUCUUCGGAGAAGGUCGAGUUAGAAGGCCUGAUUGAAGGUUGCCUACCAGUAGACAUUUCUGGAACCAGCAAGCUAGAAGUUGAAAAUGCGAGACUAAAAGCUGAUCUUGCUUCAGCAAUUACCGUCAUCUGUACUUUUAAUGCAGAAUUUGGAUAUGAAACCUUUGAUGAAGUAGAUUCAGACAAUUUGCUGAAAACCAUAAAGGAUAAGACAACUGAGGCUCUGCAUUCUAAAGAUGAGUAUAUAAAGCAUAUCCAAUCAAUGCUGAAUAUGAAGCAGGUUCAAUGCUCGACAUAUGAAAAACGUAUUCGUGAGCUUGAGCAGAGAUUGGCAGAUCAAUAUAAUGUUGGUCAGAAAAUUUCAAGCGAUAAAAAUGCUUCUGAGUCAUUAGUGUCUGCAAUAAAAACUGAGAGCUAUAGAGGCGAUAUUUAUGGAGAUGAAGAGGCUCCCAAUGCUUAUGUGUCGACUGUAACAAUGGAAGAGGCUUCUUGUACAUCUGCUUCUGCUGAUCCAAGGCUUGAUCUUAUAAGUGCACAAACAGGUAAACUUGGUGAUGGUGGUGAUGAAAACAUGAUUGAUUUAUCGGGUAUGCUAAAUGUAAACUCUGUAGAUCAUUUACAAAAGGUUAUAGAUGCAUCUAUGCUGGAGCCACCACAUGAUCACCAAGCUUGUGGUGAUGAUGAAGAAGAGAGAGUUGGUCAGGAAGACAAAGAAGAAGUUGGUGAAACAGAGACAGAGUCAGUUAAAGAAGCACCACAAUUUAGUUUGACUUCAGAUAGUUCUGAUGGCAGCACGAGGGUCCGUGGCAUUUUCCCUGGUCGAAUCUCAACUGACCUUAGUUUGGACUCGAAAAUAAAUGAUGAUGUUGUGUUAGAACUUCAGACCGCCCUUGCAGAAAGGUCCAGCCAGUUUGAUAUGGCUGAAAACAAGCUCAAAGCUGCUUUAGAGGAGAUAUGCUCUCUCAAAAGGGAACUGGAGAUUAGACGAAAUCUUCUUGAUGAAUCCCAGAUGAAUUGUGCUCACUUAGAAAACUGUCUACAUGAAGCAAGAGAAGAGGCUCGUACUAAUCUUUGUGCUGCUGAAAGAAGGGCAUCAGAAUAUAAUGCUUUACGGGCAACUGCUGUGAAGAUGCACAGUUUAUUUGAAAGGUUUCGGAACUGUGUCAUGGCACUGGAUGGAGCAGUUAAUUUUGCUGACUCGUUACGCUCUUUCGCUACUUCUUUGGGAAGCGGGUCUGUGGAUGAUGAGGAUGAUGUGUCUGCCAACUUCAGAAAAUGCAUCAUGGUCAUUGCAGACAAAGCGGGCCUUCUCUUCCGUCGUACCGAGCAUCUUAAUAAGCAAAUGGAGCAUCAAAGAGAAUCAAUUGAAACCUUGUACAGAAAGCAUCAGCUUGAGAAACAGGCAAGCAAGGACAAGAUAUCAUUUCUCCAUAUGGAAGUUCAUGAGCUUGCUGCCUUUAUUCUAAACCCCGCCGGAAAUUAUGAAGCAAUUAAUCGAAACCGUCCAAAUUAUUUCCUCUCCUCUGAAUCCAUUGCCCUCUUCACCGAACAUUUGAGCAGACCAACUUACAUAAUCGGCCAAAUUGUCCACAUAGAGAAACAAAUUGCAAGGCUUCCAUCUUCUUCUCAAGUCAGCCAAGAUGAUCAAAGCUCGGGUAAAAAUCCUUCUAACCCAUUUGGGCUUCCUGUUGGCUGUGAAUACUUUAUAGUAACAAUUGCUAUGCUACCUGAUACCAUUCAUUCUACUCCUUCCUGAUCCUGCCUGUGCCUGAAAUGAAGGAAGAAAACAAACUGUAAAUAUAUGAAUAGACUUUUCUUAGGCUAUUUUGUAAAUGUAACAUCUAUGUAAAUAUCUCCAACAAACCAUCUGAUCUGAUGCAAUAUAUAAGCUUGUAAAUAAUUGCCGGAAGGUUUAUAAAGCUUAAGUUUAUGGUAGUAAUGUUAUCCUGUGUUGCUAUGGUUUUAUAGCAACCUUGUUUCA